UUCAACUUUUGUCCCCUUUCCUCUUCUCCUCUGAAAUUCAAACUGUCAUUCAAACACAAAAAUUUCUCAAAUCUUUAUGAAUCAAUAAUUCAUAGAGAUAAGAGAAUCUUGAUCCAUCAUCUUUCUUCCCAUCACCCCCACAUUAAACUAACUUCACAUAUACACACAACAACCCAACAAAAAUCCAACUCAUUUUUCACAUUUCCAUCAAUCUAAAAAUCAAAUCUUGAUAACAUUGUUCUAUCAAAAUCAAAUCUUUUUUCUUACCAAGAUAACCUUACCUUCUUCCUCUUCACUAUAUUAUAUAAAAUCCAACUCUUUUUUCCUCCAAGAUAACAUUUUUCACAAUUUCAUCAAAUCUUGAUAACAUUGUUCUCUCAAGAUAAACUUGUCUUCUUUCUCUUCACUUUAUUAAUAUAAAAAUCAAAUCUUUUUUUCUUUUUCUUUUUUAUUCAAUGCAAUCACAAAACCUUCUUCCUAUUUCUAACCCAAGUUCACCACCAUCAAUUAUUAUCCCAUCAUCAUCAUCUGCUAGUACUGACACAAUGUUACUUGGAUCAGAACCCCAUAUUUCUUCUUCAUCAUCAACCAUACUUAUUGUUCAAGAUGAUGAUAAUUCAAAAAUUGAAACAAAACCCCUUCUUUCUAGAGCUUUUAGUUAUACAUCUUCUUCUUCUUCUUCUUCUAAUUUAGUUAAUAAGAAGCAAAGGAGGCGACGUACUUUAAGUGAAAGUUCCCUUUUGUCUAGAGGUGUUGAAGGUUGUAGACAAGAUAUGGGAAGGGCUGCUUCUGAUACUUAUAUUGUAACUAGACUUAGUUUUACUCUCUUGAGAUAUCUCGGGGUAGGCUACAGAUGGAUCGUCAGGUUUCUUGCCCUAGGCUGUUAUGCUAUGCUACUUAUACCUGGUUUUAUUCAAGUUGGGUAUUACUAUUUCCAUUCCAGUCAAGUACGUAGAGGCAUUGUUUAUGGUGAUCAACCAAGAAAUAGGCUUGAUCUGUACCUGCCAAAAGAUAUGAACGGGCCAAAGCCAGUUGUUGCAUUUGUAACAGGUGGAGCAUGGAUCAUUGGUUACAAAGCUUGGGGUUCUCUUCUAGGACAACAAUUGUCAGAAAGAGACAUUAUUGUGGCAUGCAUUGAUUACAGAAAUUUUCCUCAGGGAACAAUCAGUGAUAUGGUUAAGGAUGCUUCUCAAGGUAUCUCCUUUGUUUGCAACAAGAUUGCUGAAUAUGGAGGUGAUCCUAAUAGAAUUUACUUAAUGGGACAGUCCGCCGGUGCACAUAUUGCUACAUGUGCUCUCUUGGAGCAGGCGAUCAAGGAGGCUGGUGCGGAACAGAGAGAUACUUGGAGUGUCUCCCAAAUAAAUGCGUAUUUUGGUCUAUCUGGCGGGUAUAAUUUCCUUAAGCUUGUUGAUCACUUCCAUAGCCGAGGUUUGUACCGUUCAAUAUUUCUAAGUAUAAUGGAAGGGGAACAAGGUCUUCGACGAUACUCACCAGAAGUAAUGGCACAGGACCCAAACACUAAAAAUGCUGUUUCUCUUCUUCCUCCUAUUGUCCUUUUCCAUGGUACUGCGGAUUAUUCCAUUCCAUGUGAUUCCAGCGAGAGUUUUGCUGAUACACUUAAAACGCUCGGUGUGAAAGCCGAAUGUAUCUUAUAUGAAGGGAAGACACAUACAGAUUUGUUUGUUCAGGAUCCAAUGAGAGGUGGAAUAGAUGACAUGUUAGAUGAUCUAAUUACGAUGAUUCAUGGUGAUAACUCUGAAACCAUCAGAGCAAAUUCGACUCCAAGAAAACGCCUCGUACCUGAGUUCAUGUUGAAGAUGGCUCGAAGUGUUAGCCCCUUUUAAUGAGCAUUCUACUCCUCCAUUCAAUUCAAUUGGAUUAUUUUGAGCUCGAUUAAUGGCCAAAGCUCUCGAUUAGAUUAACUUCGAUCCUCUUUUUUCAUAUUAAUUCCUUGUUUUAGUCAGUUUAAGGUGGACUUGCAACAAAAGUAGCCAUUAAAAUAGGUCAUUCUUAGAAGGAAAAAACCCUUCACUUAAUUAUUCUUAUGGUUUUGUAACUUUCCAAGUCUUUUCUCUUCG